AUGGAGGCUAUUCAGCUAGCCCAGAUGCUGGCUGAUCUUAAUGAUCUCCAAGUCGCUCAAGACCAAGGUGCGGCGAAAGCUUUGGUGAGCGCCAACAAGAACCUCGACGCCAAGCUCGUGCCCCAGUCGCAACCCCAGUCAAAGGGCCUCUCGGAGAGCCGGACAGCUUCUCCAGCUACGAGAUUCGACAAGCUGGGCCGCCGCAUCUUCACGCCUCCCUUGAGCCGCACGAACUCCGGCACUGGCACCACGGCGUCAUCGAUCCCAGGGACCCCUCGUACCCACAGAGAAGACUCCGAUGCAGAUAUUGAUCGAGCUAGCACCUUGCUCUCCCUCUACGAGAUCCGCGCCAAGUUGAAGGAACAAGAUAACAGCAGCCUCAUGAAGGCGCGCGAAAAGAUCAACGCCCUCGCCGCGAAGCAAGCGCAGACGUCUAAGGACCAGAAGCAUCUCGCCCCGCCGAAGAAGGACGGUCCUGGUCGCAUUACGUAUCCAAAGUAA